GCAGCGCCGUCCCCAGCGGCAGGGCCAGGCCGGCCGCCAUGACCGAGAACGCCGCGUCCGCGCCCGCGGCCAAGCCCAAGCGGGCCAAGGCCGCCAAGAAGUCCACGGACCACCCCAAGUACUCGGACAUGAUCGUGGCCGCCAUCCAGGCGGAGAAGAACCGCGCGGGCUCCUCGCGCCAGUCCAUCCAGAAGUACAUCAAGGGCCACUACAAGGUGGGCGAGAACGCCGACUCGCAGAUCAAGCUGGCCAUCAAGCGCCUGGUCACCACCGGGGUCCUCAAGCAGACCAAGGGGGUGGGCGCCUCGGGGUCCUUCCGCCUGGCCAGGAGCGACGAGCCCCGGCGGGCGGUCGCCUUCAAGAAGACCAAGAAGGAGGCCAAGAAGGUGGCCGCGCCCAAGAAGGCCGCCAAGCCCAAGAAGGCCGCCGCGAAGGCCCCGAGCAAGAAGCCCCGAGCCGCCCCCGGCAAGAAGGCCAGGAAGAAGCCGGCCGCCGCGCCCAGGAAGGCCAAGAAGCCCAAGACUGUCAAAGCCAAGCCGGUCAAGGCGGCCAAGCCCAAGAAGGCCAAGCCGGUGAAGCCCAAGGCCAAGCCCAGCGCCAAGAGGGCCGCCAAGAAGAAGUGACGGCGAGGCCGGGCCGCGGACGCCCCGCCGGCCGCGUGGCCUCUGUAAAUACCCCCCUCUGCCCCCCGUCUGCGCCCCCCUGCCCCCCUCCUGCCCGCGCCCCUGCGAGCCUGACUUUGUGAGGCGCCGAGUUUGCAGUCCUGGGAGAUGGGGCCCCGCAAGCCUCGCCUCCCCGAGGAUGGGGCGCGCUUGGGUUCACUUGUUCGUCUGCCUCGGGGGCUGGGGCGCGGGUCGGUUCGUGUGUUUUGUUUAGUGUGGGGGCCGCGGGGAGCUGGCGGGGGAGCCCGGGCCCUGGGAGGCCUGUGGGGGGACCCGAAGGCGAGGACUUUCUGCAGGUCGGGUGCCCUUUCCAGGAGUUCCAGGACCCUGGGGAGGAGCGGGGCCGCGGCCGGGACAGCCUGGGAGGCGCGGGGUUGGG